GGCUGAAUGCACGCGACACCACCACCACCACCAGGGCUACCUGCUCCUGCAACACACGAGGAGGACGCAAGAGUGCACGCGCGUCCAUGCGCGCCAGUUUAACAAGGCAAUUAACGUCAAAAACUGCGAGUCAAAAGUGGAUUAGGGUUUGACCAAGUGAAGUCGGAAAGAACACAGCUUUUUUGCGAAAGACAAUACAGGUGAAAGCGUCAUGCAUCUUAACAGAGCAGAAGAUAACAAAGGCUCAGUGUCUCUCAGUGUAUUACUGGUAUCCAUUGCGCUGACAGUCUGUGCCGUUUGGCUCAUAGCUCUAUGUGGUGUCUGCAACUGGUGUCAACGUAAAUUGGGGAAGAGGAAUAAGCCUAGCAUGGAGGCGGCCAGCUCCCCAGAGUCUGUGAGGGGUCGAGGGGAGAAUAAAGCCAUCAACGAUUUAGACCGAGACUUCUGGAAUAACAACGACAGCAGCAAUGUACAGCAGAGGUGGAGCUCCUACCCGCCGAAGGAGUUCCUCUUAAACAUGUCUCCGUACGCCCCCUAUGGAGAUCCUCGCCUCACGCCCAACGGGGCAGUGGAUAAGGGGGGACAGGGAGGUGCUGGGCCCUCACCUGGGACCAGUGACAGCGGGGGCAUUGUUGGCUCAGGGGCCGGGGCUGGGCCCAGUCGCAGCGACAGCCUGCGCAGCAUGGUGAUGGGGGCUGGCAAAGCGGGGCGCUGGCAAGCUCUCCAGAGCCACAUGCACGCCGGAGGCCUGCGGUCUAGCAAUUUCGGGGACGCCUCCCUGUCCUCUGCCUCCACGCUGGAGCACAUCCCCUCCUCGGCUGUGGGCCGUCCCCGGCCCCUGGUGCGCCAGCAGAGCCUCCAGCAGCCCCUCACUCACCAGCCCCCGCCGGGCCCCAACGACCCCCCUGCCACCUCCCAGAGCCUGGGCCAGCUCCACACGGGGCCCGGCGGCGGGGGACACCGCGGGGGGCCGCGGGGGGUCCGGGGGAGCCCGGCCGGAGCUUCCCGGUACAGAGGGGCCGGGGCGGGCCGAUCCAGGUCCAACCCAGGCAGCUGGGACCAUGUGAUGGGGCAGAUCCGCAACAGAGGUCUGGAUGUCAAGUCCUUCCUGGAGGGGAAGAUGGUUGUUUUGUCUCUAGCGAUUGGACUGGCUGAACAGGAUGACUUUGCCAACCUCCCAGAUCUACAGGAAGCACCGGCAUGUCAAGAAAACCAAACCACACCAGAAAAGAGAACUCCGGGUAACAAGUCCGGCGUAAGCCCAAAGGGUCAGACCCCCGAAGACGCCGGACGGCGGCAUGGGCCCAGCCGCGACGCCAACUCCUCCGUCUCAGACCUCGCCAACUCUGUCACCAGCGACAUGCUCAUGCUGUCCCCCGGUUCCGAAGAGGACGACCACGAGGGUCCAGUCUGCGAGAAGCUGGGUCGGGUCCAGUUCAGCGUAGGCUACAGCUUCACGGACUCCACCCUCACCGUGAAGAUCCUCAAAGGCCAGGACCUUCCCGCCAAGGACUUCUCCGGCACGUCCGACCCCUUCGUCAAGCUCUACCUUCUGCCGGACAAGAAGCACAAGCUGGAGACCAAGGUCAAGAGGAAGAACCUCAACCCCCACUGGAACGAGACCUUCCUGUUUGAAGGGUUCCCCUAUGAUAAGGUGAUCCAGAGGACGCUAUAUCUCCAGGUGCUGGACUAUGACCGCUUCAGCAGGAACGAUCCCAUCGGAGAGGUGUCCGUUCCCCUGAACAAGCUGGACCUGGCCAACAUGCAGACCUUCUGGAAGGAGCUGAACCCAUGCAGCGAUGGCAGUGGGAGCAGAGGAGAUCUACUGGUGUCUCUAUGCUACAACCCCACCGCCAACAUCAUCACUGUGAGCAUCAUCAAAGCCCGUAACCUGAAAGCUAUGGACAUUGGAGGCACAUCUGACCCGUACGUGAAGCUGUGGUUGAUGCACAAGGACAAGCGCGUGGAGAAGAAGAAGACAGUGGUGAUGAAGCGUUGCCUGAACCCUGUCUUCAACGAGUCCUUCCCCUUCGACAUCCCCGCCCACGUGCUGAGGGAGACCACCAUCAUCAUCACCGUCAUGGACAAGGACAAGCUGAGUCGCAAUGAUGUCAUUGGCAAGAUUUAUCUGUCGUGGAAGAGCGGCCCAGCGGAGGUGAAACACUGGAAGGACAUGAUGGGUCGUCCUCGCGCCGCCGUGGCCCAGUGGCAUGCUCUCAAGGCCUGAGAGGAGGCCGCACCUGCCAAGCCCCCGGCCCCCUCCCCCCUCCACACCUCCACACCUCCACACCUCUCCACACCCGCCACAACCCCCCCCCCCCCCUCUGCUCAGAACCUAAUCCUCUGCACAUAUCUCCCCCCCUCCAACCCGCUGUCCUGCUGUGAGGGCCAUCUGUGUCCCGCUCUACCUGUCCUCAGUCAUCGCAGCCACUUAUCGCUCCAGCUCCUCUUUGUUCUGGUCCUAGUCCCAAACUAGUCCCCCAGCCUAACCCCUAAGCUUCUGGGAGCUUGUCUUUGAUUCCCCCCCUCUUGUCUUUAUAUCCUUAUGGUUCCCCCCCCCCCGGUAGCCCCGGGGGUAUGUUCGCUCUCUCUGAGCUCCGCCAGGGACUCUUUGAUCUCUCAACACCGCUGAGAUCCGGCUGAUGUUCCCGCCGUCAGCAGGGAGGUAGCGGGCUCAUGUUACAAACAUCACGAUGUGCGGGGACCGAUAUUGACCCCUUGCCGCCUGCCCGCGGAACACGUUUUAACCCCCUCCUCGAGCUCUACCGUGUGCAUUCCUGAAGUCCAUGACUUACUUUUCUCCGGCAAUCAAACUGCCCUGAUCUGUAUCUGAUCAACCCCCCACCCCCCCACCCCCCGUCUCUGAAAUGUAACCUGCUUUAUCGAGGAAGGCUGAACGCGUGCUGAGAGGCAGUGCAGACGUGUUGGGGACACUGCCAUGACACCCACAUGAGUUGUUGAGUUUCCUUUUUGUGUGACUCUCUUUUCCUUGACCCACUGUAAUUAUUCUCCCUUGGCUGGAACCUCCCGAUGUCUGUGCGUGCUGUGGGUGAUGUGUUGUAACCUAUUUUCCUAUUUUCUGGAAAGAAUAACCCCAAAUGAGAGGGAAAAAAGAUAGUGAUAAAUGUCGUCUUAUAGUUUCCUUUUGAAAAGAAUAAAAAAAAUCAACAUGUUCUUCCAGAGACAGAAAAUAAGCAAAAAGCCAGCUUCCAAAAUGUGUGUGUGUGUGUGUGUGUGUGUGUGUGUGUGUGUGUGUGUGUGUGUGUGUGUGUGUGUGUGUGUGUGUGUGUGUGUGUGUGUGUGUGUAUGCAAGUGUGUGUGUGUGUGUGUGUGUGUGUGUGUGUGUGCGUGUGUGUGCGUAUGCAAGUGUGUGUGUGUGUGUGUGUGCGUGUGUGUGUGUGUGUGUGUGUGUGUGUGUGUGUGUGUGUGUGUGUGUGUGUGUGUGUGUGUGUGUGUGUGUGUAAAAGUUUUGGGAGCUAACAUUGCUAAAGCACUUCUGUUACACCUCAUAAUACAGGUAAUGGGAAUACAUUUAUCGUAUACAUCUUGAAACUCGAGAGAAGAAAGAACUUGAACAGGGUUAUUCAUGUUGAAGUGAUUCACUUUGUUGUCCGUGCUGUGCUCAAUAAGGCAUACAUGAGGUUAGGGUAAGGGUAGGAUUAGUGUUGUAUGGAAAAAACGUUACGGGAUCUGCUUGCAUUGUACGAAGUGUCUACUAUCAGAUCCAUGCACCGAUAUUUUUAUUAUUAUAACUAACUAGUAUGUGAAUGACUGGGUGGUAAUUGGUCAAUAACAAUACCUGACAUGGCUAUGUUGGGUCUGAUUUGCAUUUCAAUCUCAACAAAACCUGUUUGAGACCUCUAUCAAGUCACAAACAUUAUUGCUGAUUGGCUCUUGGUCAACGUACAUUACAAGAGUAAUACGCUCCAAAAAACUGAAAUGUAUGCCAUUCCACUAUUUGUAUAGUAGUGUGUGUGUGUGUGUGUGUGUGUGUGUGUGUGUGUGUGUGUGUGUGUGUGUGUGUGUGUGUGUGUGUGUGUGUGUGUGGGGGGGGGGGGUUGUGUGUGUGUGUGUCUGCGAGUAUGUGUAUGUGUGAGUAAAUAGUUGUGAAUGUCCGUUUGUGUGCCUGUCUGUAAUAAGUGUUAAGUCUUUGUGUAAAUCUGCACUGAUAUCAGUUUUUGCCAGUUUUAUACAGAACAAUAUUGUUUAUUGUUUUGAUUCUGUAUGAAAUGAUACAGGUGUACAAAUAGAUAUGUUGAUAAUGUUCUUCUGCUUUCUUUUUCCUUUGUCACUGAAUCAAUGUUGACCGCAGUGGAGCGGGAACACACCUGUCUAAAUAGCAGUGUUGACUUCCUGUUUCCUGGCUUCAGAGAGAUGUUUUCUUUUCGGGAGAGGGAUAAAAUGAAGUGUAAAGCUGUAAAGACAGAGUGCCACAAGGAGCUUUACAAACAAACUCAUGAAUCGUAAUUCUAUUCUAUAUUUCAUGUUCUUUUGACCUUCAGCAUGGCCGGAAUUUGUAUGCUAAUUUGUUUAUUUUUGUGUUCGUUUUGCUCUCAAGUUCCCUGACACCAUGAUAGUGAAAGUAGACUUGGCUUAGCAUCUUAGCUGAUGCAAGCUUCUCAACCCCCCCCCCCCCCCCCCCCCCCCCCCAUACUUUUUUGGCACAAAGUGUUCUGAGUGCCUUAUGACCUGUUGGCAGCCAUAUGCUCCCUCUCCCUGACUCUGUCACGAGGACGAGGUGAGACAGAAGGUGAUCAUUACCUACUUUUGCAGCAUUGUUAUCAUGAGCUGUGACUCAGGUCCCGACCCAAGCACCAGAGUAUCCCAUAAUAACCACGGGCACAGCGUCAAGUCUUCUCUGCCCUGCUGGUCCCGUGCUCAAACGUGUGGCUUCCCUCUGUGUGCCCAGCAGAUAUUGUUACAUUCCAAACCUGCCAUGUAAGAUUCUGGUAGUAUAUGCCACUUUAACAAAGUCAAAACAACAGGGUUUAUUGCUUUACCUGCCUUUGAAAAACCUGCAGAUCGUCAUAGAUCGUCACACAGGCAUUCAAAUUCAGACAUGGCAUCUAGGGCAUUCUCUGUAUAGGGAGCUGCUUAAAACACAGGAAGGUUAACCAGAGAGUGAUGCAUCCUAAUUCCAAUAGUAAAAAAAUGGGGAAGUGUACUGUAUGUAAAGUAUUAACUGGGGAAGUGUAUCUGUGUGUCCUUGGUAUCUCUCAGUCCCCUCUCUCUCUUUUCUUUUUGUAGUCACAUCAGUGGGGCGCACAAUGUUAUAUAUCAACCAUUUAUUUUUGGAAACAUGUACAGUGUAUAUAGAUAUAUAAAUGUGUAUAUAAAAACGAAGACACUCC